GUCCUCCUCGUCCGUGCCUAUACUCACACUGAAUGUCAUUAUAGAUUCUCAAUACAAUGUGUUAGAAGGAGAUGCAGCAAACCAGUCCCUGAGAUCUUGUCGUCAGGAAGCGCGGAAGGUAGGCUCCCUCUAUGUUAAUAUAUACCUCUAUGGGUUAUAUGUUAUUUUUAUUUUACUUUAACAGUUUACACAGUAUUUUUUUGAUAUUUUUCAUAAUACAAAAUCAAGAUAGACGUAUUAUAUAUUACUAAAAAUCAUGUCUAAUCAAAGUGACGUAAAAGAAGAAGUUGGUGAAACGACUUGCAAAAGAGAAAUAGAUAAUGAAGUUCUAGAGGACACCUGUAAAAUCGAAAUUAAGGAUGAACCUAUCAGGGAAAGUACAAAUGAUACAUUUGAUUUUUUAGAGGUUAAUAUAUGUUCUAUAAAAGCUGAAAUCAAACAAGAUGAUGGUUUCUCUUGCAAAGAUAAACAAACUGAUGCAAGUAGCCUAUUAACCGAUCAUGCUAGAAGGAAUGUACAUACUGGGGAAGAAUCUUUUAGGUGUGAAGAUUGCACCAAAGAGUUUUCAACACAGGAUAAUCUAAUAAUACAUACGAAAUUGCAUACUGGUGAAAAACAAUUUUCAAUGAAUGUGAACAUGAAUGAAAAACCAUUUGAAUGUGAAAUUUGCACCAAAUAUUUUUCAACGAAACUACUUUUAAAAUCUCAUAUGAGAGUGCAUAUUGGUGAAAAACGAUUUGAAUGUGAAAUUUGCACCAAACAGUUUUCACUAAAGGGAAAUUUAAAAAGACAUAUAACAGUGCAUACUGAUGAAAAACCAUUUACAUGUGAAGUUUGCACCAAACAGUUUUCAACAAAAAGUGGUUUAAAAACACAUAUGACAAUUCAUACUGGUGAAAAACCGUUUGAAUGUGAAAUUUGCACCAAACGGUUUUCAAGGAAACACGUUUUAAAAUGGCAUAUGGCAGUGCAUACUGGUGAAAAACCAUUUAAAUGUAACCUUUGUGGAAAGCUGUUUUCAAUGAAUGCUAAUUUAAAAGUACAUAUGAAGUUGCAUACUGGUGAAAAGCCAUUUGGCUGUGAAAAUUGCACCAAACUGUUUUCAACGAAACGACUUUUAAAAUCGCAUUUAGGAGUGCAUACUGACGAAAAACCAUUUAAAUGUAACGUUUGUAGAAAGCUGUUUUCAAUGAAGGCUAAUUUAAAAGUACAUAUGAAGUUGCAUUCUGGCGAAAAGCCAUUUGGCUGUGAAAUUUGCACCAAACAGUUUUCAACGAAACCACUUUUAAAAUCGCAUAUGAGGGUGCAUACUGGUGAACAACCAUUUAAAUGUGAAAUUUGCACCAAAGAGUUUUCGGAAAAGCACCAUUUAAAAAAUCAUAUGACAAUGCAUUUUGGUAAAAAUCCAUUUGCAUGUGACAUUUGCACCAAACAGUUUUCAACAAAAAGUAAUUUAAAAACACAUAUGACCAUUCAUACUGGUGAAAAACCGUUUGAAUGUGAAAUUUGCAUCAAACGGUUUUCAAGGAAACAAGCUUUAAAAUUUCAUAUGGCAGUGCAUACUGGUGAAAAACCAUUUAAAUGUAACCUUUGUAAAAAGCAGUUUUCAUUAAAGAGUAAUUUAAAAGCACAUAUGACAGUGCAUCCUGGUGAAAAACCAUUUAAAUGUGAAAUUUGCACCAAACAGUUUUCAACGAAACCACUUUUAAAAUCGCAUAUGAGAGUGCACUUUGGAAAAAAUCCAUUUGCAUGUGACAUUUGCACCAAACAGUUUUCAACAAAAAGUAAUUUAAAAACACAUAUGACAAUUCAUACUGGUGAAAAACCAUUUAAAUGUGAAAUUUGCACCAAAAAGUUUUCAGCGAGACAAGUUUUAAAUACACAUAUGAUUAUGCGUCAUACACAUGAGUAAAUACACAUAAAUCUCAUAUGCGAGUGCAUGCUGGUGAAAAACCAUUUAAAUGUGGAAUUUGCACCAAACAGUUUUCAGUAAAAUCGCAUAUGAGAGUGCAUACUGGUGAAAGACCUUUCACAUGCAAAAUAUGCAACAAGCAGUUUUUAAAAAGUUCUAAUUUAAAUAAUCAUAAAUAUGAAAGCACAUACUAGUGAAUAGGGUGAGAUAAGCACAGUGCUACUGUAGACGAGCAGCACAUCCUUAAUUUGAGGCUUAGAAAUCGAAAAAGCGACCAUGAUAGGUGAAUGGCAAAUUUUGGUGAUUCUUUAUGUUUUCGAGGUCGCUGAAUCCGAAUAUGAAGUUUAGUUUGAUCUAGAGUUGGUGGAACAUGUUCAAAAAUCAAAUUUUAAGCAAAAAUGCGAAAAACAAUUUUUUAUGAUUUGGCAAUUUUAACUCGCUGUAAAUAUUUCCUUCUGAAGAUGUUACUUCUAGAUAUUCUGAAGAUACGGGUAAUAUGAUCGGUCAUAAAUUUUCUUCAAACAGUUUUCAGCAAAACAACUUUUACAAUCGCAUAUGACAGUGCAUCCUGGUGAAAAACCAUUUAAAUGUGAAAUUUGCACCAAACAGUUUUCAACGAAACAACUUUUAAAAGCGCGUGUGAGAGUACAUAUAUAUAAUAUCGGUUUACAACGUUCUUCGACGUCUUCCGAUUUCCUAUCUCCAUCUCGUUCUGUCAUUCCAUAGAUCGUCCUCGAGUUCUCUGUCCUUGAUUUCUCUAUCAACUCCUUCUCUCCAACUUCUUCUAGGCCUUCCUGGUCUGCACCUUCCUCUUGGUUGCCAUUCGAGGAUUUGUCUUGGUAUUCUAUUCUCCGGCAUUCUCCUUACGUGUCCGUACCAGCUGAGUAGUUUCGUCCUGAUGUCGUCAACAAUAGUAUGUGUAACUCCCAUGAUUUCUCGGACUCUCUCGUUUGUUAUUCUGUCGCGUCUAGAUAUUCCCGCCGAACGGCGCCAGAAGUCCAUUUCUGUUGCUCUAAGCAUUUUCUCUGUUCUGUCUUUUAGGGGCCAAACUUCGCAUCCAUAUGUUGUGAUGCUUUUUAUUAUAGUGUUAUAUAUUCUUUUUUUGUUUUCCUCUACUUGGAGGCUAUGUUGGUCUCCUCCGAUAUUCAUGUAUUCAGUUUUUUCCAUAUUCACUUCUAGACCCCACUCUGUAAACUCUUCUAAUAGUUUUCGCAUCAUGUAACUAAGAUCUUCAGAAUCCUGUGCGAUGAUCACCUGGUCAUCCGCAAAGCACAGCGUGUACAAAGUUGAGUCCGUUAGUGGUAUGCCCAUAUUCGUACAUUUUUUCUUCCAUUUGUUGAGUGCUGCUUCGAGGUAUAUUUUGAAUAGUGUUGGUGAGAUACAGCAUCCUUGCCUUAGUCCUUUAGUUACUGUGAAUCCAGGUGUUAUGAGAUUUCCCGUUUUAAUUCUUGUUGUUUGUUGGUAGUACAACGUUUUUACGGCUUCAACCAAUUCUAUAUUUACAUUUGUUUUCUCCAGUGCCUCCCAUAAUUUAACCAGUGGGACACUAUCAUACGCUUUUCUAAGGUCUAUAAACAUCAGAUGGACUUCUUGACCACGAGCAACUUUCUUUUCAAUUAUCUGAGUAAUGGAGAAAACAUGAUCUAUUGUAGAUCGACCUGCGCGAAAACCAGCCUGUUCUUCGGCUUCCAUAUUUUGGUAUUCUUCUUCUAUUCGAUUUUUAAUAAGUUUUCCAUAUAUUCUGCUGAUACUGCUAGUGACUGCAAUUCCUCUAUAGUUUUCAGGUUUUGAUUUAUCUCCCUUUUUGUGGAUAGUGCUCAGAUGUGAUUCUUUCCAUUCUUCAGGUAUUUCAUGGUUAUUCAAGCAUUGCUGGAAAAGUUGUCUUAGCCGCUUAAUUAGAACUUUAGGUCCAUAUUUGAUGAGUUCCGGAGCUAUAUUUCCUGGGCCAGGUGAUUUGCCAUUCUUCAACUGUUUGCAUAUGGUUUCGACUUCUCUCUCAUUUACUCUGAUUGGUGAUCCUAUCAACCUGACGCCUUGUAUACCGUUGGAUUGUAUCUGUUUGAAGGGCUCUCUUGUCUCUGUUAGUAAAUCUUCAAAGUAUCCUUCCCAUGUUUGUGGUGAUAUAGACUGAAUAAUGUCUUUCUUUCUGUCGUUUCUUAAAUUUUUUAAUAGUUUCCAACUUUCUGAACUUUGGCUUCCACCUCUAUGUAUGUAUUUAGCAUGGUACACUUUUUUGUCCAGGAUUCGUUUUUCUUUUGACAUAUUUUUCUUCUGACCCUCGCUUGCAUUCUUUUAUAAUGUAUUCUGUCUUCCACGUUUUUUGUGUUCAGAUAUUUUUGAUACAAUUCUCUUUUCUUUGUUAUUUCCUGCGAAAUAUCUUGAUCCCACCAAUACGGUUUUCGAUGUAUGGUUUUUUCAUAUCGCCCUAGUGCUUCUAAGGCAGCGGCGUGUAUACAUUCUUUGAUGUUUUCGUAUGACUGAUUCACAUUUCUGGUAUUAUCUUCCGUUUCAAUUAGUUUUUCUUCCAGUCUACGUUUAUAUAGGUUUUUAACACUUUCUGGGUGUAAACUAUUCAAAUUGUAUCGUACUUCUUGGAGCUGUUCAUUUGAAUGAUUACCUUGCGGUGUUUCUUUUUCUAUCUUUGGUGGAAAUGAAAUAUCUGAACGUAGGAGAUAGUGGUCACUGCCACAAAUUGGUCCUCUACAUGCUCUCACAUCUGUUGUUUUAAGUCGACUUUUUUGUUUAAGAAUGACAUAGUCUAUAACUGAUUUUAAGUUGCGGGUUUCCUGAGUCCACGUAUAUUUAUGAAUAUUUCUAUGCUGGAAAUAUCCGUUCAUUAUUCUAAGUCCAUUCUGGUCGCAGAUAUCUAUUAGCCUUUCUCCGUUAUUGUUUGUGUUAUCUUCUCCAUAUCUGCCAACUACUUUGUCGUUGUUCUUUUUCCCUACUCUGCUGUUGAGGUCUCCUAGGAUUAUUAUUUCAUGUGAGAGUACAUCCUGGUGAAAAACCAUUUGAAUGUGAAAUUUGCACCAAACCGUUUCUAUUUAUUUAUUUAUUUUUUACGGGCAAGCCCAAUUCUAUAAAAAUACAUUACAUUUUUUAAUUAAACAUAAAGUGUUGCAUUCCAGAACAAAGUUCUUCGAAUUAUAACCAAUGCUCCGUGGUAUGUUCCGAACAACAUAGAAAAAGACAUCCAAGUUCAAUCCAUAAAAACUGAAGCCACAAAGUACAGUGAAAAAUACAAAAACAAAACUAGUGUUCACUCUAAUGACUUAGUGCUCGAACUGUUAAAUGUCAACGAUGAAGUGCGUCGACUAAAGCGUUUUAAGCCUACAGACUUAAUAAACAGAUUUAAAUAAAAUUAUUUAACAUUUACCACUACAUUAUUAACUUUGUUUGUUAACUAUAUGUUAAAGGAAGCCUCUUACUGGAGAGAAUUCCUACAUGGCAUUUGUUCUUCUAAUAAUUGUCAUAAAAUUUACUUAUUGUUACGAGUGAUAACAGAUUGUAAAUUAAAUGGAGCUUAAUAAAAAAAGUGUUACAUAAA